AUGGAGAUUAGGUAUAGAAAGGCUGGGGAAAAGGAUGGUAACAUAUUGGAGCUUAUUACCUCUGAUGCUAAAGUAGUUGAAAUGGUUGGAUGCAUGUCAUGUAAUAGGGUUCUUGUCUUGUACUAUACAAAUUUGGAAAAUUCAAAUGGUAAUGGGCUUGGGAGUCAAGCAUCUGUUGCAUGGCCUAGUUUGGAUAAUGCAGAAUAUAACUAUGAUACAAAUGUAGAAAAUGAUGGGAAAGGUGUCACAUGGCACGCAUUCAGUGAACCAGGGGAUGCAGAUGCAAAUGUAGAAGUUGGAAAUGAAGGGGAAAAUGAGGCUGCAGUAACUGAGAAUGGAGAGGCUGGAAAUGAAGGGGAAAAUGAGGAAAAUGAUGCAGAAUUUGUGGAUAGUGAUUAUGAAUUCAGUGAACAAGAGGAUGAGGUGCUUGUAACUGAGAAUGUGGUAGUUGGGGGCCCAAGUGGUGAGCCCAAUGCAUGUGAGAAUGAUGGGCCUACUGUUCAGCCCCAUGAACAUGAGAAAGUUGGGCCUACUUAUGAAGCUUCAGGAAAGGUAUCAUCAGAUGGUGCUAACACAUCGGAUUUGGAGAUAGAAAGUGAUGAAGAGGAUCAGGAUCAGGGUAAUGGUGAGGAAAAGGGCAAAAGAAAGAAAAAAAAAUUGUCAAAGUUGAAGGAGUACAGGAGAUAG